AGAGAAAACGUGAUUCUUUCAAAAAGUUCUUGCUAAAUAGGUUAUUAUUUGCCACGAGAGAAUGGAUUAUCAAUUAAUUGCGACAAGUUUGUUCUUCAUUGCGUAUCAUCAGCAUUUGACAUUACAAUGGAAACAACGAAAACAAAGAGGACGUGGCCAUGGAAGAAGAAGAUGGUGGGUCCGUCCUAUAAAUCGAAAUAAAGAUGAACAAGGUUUCCUUUUAAAUCUUAUUAGAGAAAUGGAGACCCAAGAUCACGAGGAAUUCUAUCAUAUUUUUCGAAUGUGGCCCGAGCAGUUUAAUUGGCUACUUGAUCAAGUGCAAGAUAAAUUGCAGAAACGAAGCCGGAGGACUCCGUUAGAUCCUAAGCUACGCUUACAAGUGACCCUUUUAUAUCUGGCACAAGGAGAUUCUAUCUUGAGCAAACACAAUGAGUUCCGCAUAGGAAGAUCAACAGCGCAUAAAAUCAUUCCUAAGACUUGUCAAGGGAUUUGGGAAGCAUUACAACACAUUUUUCUCCCACCAAUGGAUCAUAAUUCAUGGAAUGAAGUAGCGAAUAGAUUUAUGGAAAAAUGGCAGUUUCCUAAUUGUCUUGGUGCCAUUGAUGGGAAACAUAUCCGCAUUAAAGCUCCUCCCAUGUCAGGGUCCAAGUUUUUUAAUUAUAAGAAAUUCUUCAGCAUUGUGUUGAUGGCUGCUUGCGAUGCAGAGUAUAAGUUUACAUGGGUGGAUAUUGGACAAUAUGAAUCAGUGAGUGAUGGUGGUGUUUGGAACAAUACGGAUUUUGCGCAGGAUUUAGAAGCAGGAGAAGUUAAUUUACCACUACCUUCUUCACUCCCUGGUACAGAUGUUCCAUUUCCCUACGUCUUUGUUGCGGAUAAAGCAUUUCCAUUGAGGAAGUACUUGAUGAGACCGUUUCCUAAGAAAAAUGAAAGAAUGGCUGAUAAUGAACGCAUCUUCAACUAUCGGUUGUCAAGAGCUAGGAGAACAAUUGAGAACGCGUUUGCAAUUCUGACAAUAAAAUGGGAAAUUUUGCUUUCAUGUCUAAGCUGUUCCCCAGAACAUGCUGAACAGAUUGUAAAAGCCAUAAUAUGUCUACAUAAUUUUUUGAUUACAUGUAAUCGUUCUGAAUAUUGCCCUCAAGAGUUUAUGAAUACUGAGCACAAUGAUGAAAUUGAAACACGGAAUACACAGAUUAGUCAAUCAUUGUUUUACAACUUAGGUAGAGUAGGUGCAAAUAGAAGUAGUCGCAUUGCAAACGGAAUGAGAAAUUACUUAAAGCAAUACUUUGUUUCUGAAAUUGGUCAAGAGCAAGCACCUUGGUAAAAUGAAAGAGUAUUUCAUGGCCACUUUAUAAAUGUGCCAGUUUAAUUAUAAUAAAAACAAAUGAACAAGCUAAUAUAUUUAAAUUCGACGUUAAUUAUGCAGAUAUUAGACGUUAAUUAGCAGAUGUAUAUAGUUAUACUAUCGAAAGAUUAGUUAUUAAAAACUUAUUAUUUGGCUAAGGAUAUAUAAAAAGACCACAGUACAAAAGUUGUAGUUAUAUCCUAUUUG